AUGCAUCAGCCUUCAAAGCUAGGGAAGAAAGAUGGAUACCCCAACCCCUUUCAAGAACGGUUGCCUGAGAGUCUUGUCGAACGAGGAGAUCCUGCGUACUACUACGCUUCAGGCUCAACAGAUUUCCAUGAAGGCGGCACUGGGCAGGAGUAUGCAUCUGACAGUCCAUUCAGAGGUACAAGAAAUGGUCCACCAUAUGUCUCAGCUCAUUACACCGUAGCGUUAACGAUAAUGGCGGGUUUCAUUUUCGGCGUGGUUCUCGCUUUGUUGCUGGCUCUGGGACAAAGCUUGGUCCAAUCAACGUUGAAUCUCAAUUCAUCAGCGCUUAGCGAAGAGGGCCUCAGAGACACAUUUACCCAUCUCUGCAGUAGCACCGAGUUUCAUCUUAGCCAUAGCACUCAUGGAUCAUUGGACUUGGUCAAAACCGACAUCAACUGUGCCAUAUCAUGCGGUAUUCUCAACAGAUUUUCCGAUCUUUCCAAGUACGUAGAAGAGGCAGAUUUUGUGCAGACGACUUCGAUAAACCAUUUGAGGCCAUCACCAUCAAGCAAAGCCUUGUACGUGCCUGCAACAUCUGGGAUGCAUCAUAUGCUCUUCAAGAAAGGUAUCACGUCCUUCGAGCGUUCGUAG